AUGACUAAACAAAAAUUUGAAUUGAAACCAUCUGAUGAGAAUGAGGCUUUAAACAAUGAAACUACUCUGGCGAAAAAGGCUUUAGUGAGAAAAAUACGAACACGAAAAGCAAAUUUAAAUUUUCUAUUAAGUGAUAUUGAAACUGCAAGUCCAACUACAUUUGUUUUAUCAGAUGAUGAAACUAUGGAUCAAAAUCAACAGGAUAAUUCUUCUGUUGUAUUAUUACCCAAUAACAAUCAUACAUUAACUGCACUUUAUUCUACAAAAUCAUUGAUGAUUUUACAUUCUCUUGGGGAAAUGCGAUCAACACAAGAUUAUGAAGAAACAUAA